UAUGACAACUCUUGAUUGUGCAAUUUGAAACAAGUGCAAAUCACGCUCAACAUGAAGUGGAAAAUCACCCCACUGAAAGGAAAUGUCGCUAUUAAGAGUGUUGACGGAAGAUACCUGAAAGUGACUGGCGAUGGGCUUGCGUUUGCCGACCAAAAUUAUGAUCCCAGUGCCAAAUUCACUGUCGAGAUCGCCGGCCCUAAUCAGACUGUAUUGUCAGGAUCCAAUGCAAAGUAUGUCAGAAUAUACGAAAGCAGCAAUUUCGACAUCAGGUGUGACGCUAUGAACAAUUCAGAUGCUGUCACUCUGGGGACACUCUACCUUGCUGAUGGGCUCAUCAACCUCACCAUUACCCAGCAGGUAUCCCUGAGUGACCGCACUAUAUUCCUAUCGAGCCAGGCUGGGACGAAAAGCUACGGUCCUUCACUGCGAGCUCUUGAUUUUGAAGACGUUACUUGCCGCUUUAUCGUUGAGUAUUUGUAGGUUGAGGGAUUUUGGUAUUAAUACGGUCUAGUCUACGUGCUCGUUGUUGAAUUUGUUGGGGUAAUGAUGGUGUAUGCGUAGUGAGUCAGACGGGCGUGUUUUUCUCGAGAUAUAUGAUCUUUUUAUUGUGGUUAUUCUUUUCUCUCUUAUCCUUGCAUGAUACUCUACGCUAGGUCUAAAAUACGCCUGAGGAGCACCUCUAUCCUAAUAUAAGAAUUAACCUUGGCUAAGAUCACCAUCGAACUAAUGUCCCGUCCAGAAAACAUAACUAUCCUCAAGGCUUGAACCUCGCGUAAAGUCGAGCACAUUUUUUUAAUUUGAUGAGAUCGGUAAUCCUUUAUGUCUUUAAAUGUAAGAUAAAUGUAAGGGGCAUCCUCGAUGAGUCGUUUCAAAAGGCUUGUAACAGGGUUGUAAACUGUUUGUGUUCCUUGUUCUUUACAGUUGCAGUCGAUAGGUAAAGAUCACUGCAACGUUCGUCACUUUUCUCGUGCUUCUUGAUAAGUAAAUCAACUGUGUAUGAUCUGAAGUGCAGAUAUUGAUCAGGAGGCAAUUACGGUCAGUUUCUGAAGCAAAUACGCAAGGACCGUUUUCCAACGCCAGGAAUUUCAGGACACCACGGGAUUCUUGCUUUUUACCUUUGCCACUCCUUAAAUGCCUUGUCAUGGAGGACCCGCUCUCCAGUCCCCUCACGUCGGCUUUUGUAGACAUCGAUUUGUGUCCGAUGGAAAUUCAGAGGAUAGCGACUCUGCAAACUCCUGUCGUUCUUGGGCUACAUGUUAAAAUCACAUUGUAGGCUGCUGAAGAAAAUGCAGCAAGUAUUUCUGUGGUAUUGGUUAAUUAUUGUGUGAUCGCCAUUGAUCUGCUGUCCAUGGACCUCGUUGAAUGUACUGUGGCGUGCGUCGACAGAUCUUGACUGGCCUAUUGAAUCGAUAACAUUGGCAUCAUGGGCCCAAAUUACUGAGGUGUCGGGGACUUCGAGUAUGCCCUUUGGAGUACCGUUGCGCGUCGACUCUGAGAU